AUCGAUUUAUAGGAGGUAAUAGUCAGGUUAUACGAGACACCGUUUGUUUAUCCAACAUCCAUGCUUGGACAUGGUCAAAAAGAAAAAUCAGAGCGAAACUCAGGAAGGAGAGGAACCAGGUACAAGCGGUGACGCAGAAGAAAUGGAAGAGAAGAAACGUCCUGUUUUUCGCAACCCAAAUUACCAACAUCAAACGAGCAUAGGCGGUAAGAAGAAGACUUGGAAAUCACUCAAGCAGAUCCUUGCCCAGGAGCGCAGCCUCCCCUGGCCACCGAACACUCCGUUAUAUUCAAACAUAGGUGCACCACCGUUGUUGAAACCGCCCAAAAAAUUCUCAGACAUCUCAGGCCUCGAGGCUAAGUACACUGACCCGCAAACGAAGCUUUUCUUCUCGAACGCAGAGGAGUUUGCCACGAUACGAUCCCUCCCGAGCGAUAUAAUAGCUGGCUAUUUGAAUCUCAGGGGUGCCAACAACCCGAUCGCCUGACGACGAAAACAAAAAUCUUCUAAUAAUUGUAAAAAAACCAAAAUUCUUUUGUUUAUAUUUA